CUUAAAUAGGAGCACGAGCGGGGAGAGACUUGCAGAUAUUUGACAGUUUUAUUUCGAGCUAACUUCUUCCAGACCCGGAGCCGCGAUGACUGCUCUCAGCAGCUGGGAGAUGUGCCUCAAGUACGCGCUCUUCGUCUUCAACUUCGUCUUCUGGCUCGCAGGUACCGGCGUGCUGGCCGUGGGCCUCUGGCUGCGUUUUGACUCCAGGACGGCGGGACUGUUUGACGGGGAGAACUCGCCCACGGUCUUCUUCACCGGCGUGUACAUCCUGAUUGCGGCGGGGGCUCUGAUGAUGGUGGUGGGCUUCCUGGGAUGCUGCGGCGCAAUCAAAGAGUCGCCGUGCAUGCUGGGAUUGUUCUUCUUCUUCCUGCUCAUCAUCUUCGCUGUGGAGGUGGCUGCUGGGAUCUGGGGUCUCUCCAACAAGGACAGGGUGGUGGAAGACGUCACAGAGUUCUACAAGCAGACUUACACCAACUACAAAGACACCCGACAGGAGGCGCUGAAGGAGACGCUGCGUCUCAUCCACUUUGGACUCGACUGCUGCGGCCCGACGGGGACGGUGAUCGACGCCGCCAAGGACAUCUGCCCCAAGAAGGAGGGGCUGGAGAUCCUCAUCACCACGAGCUGUCCAGCCGCCAUCGACGCGAUGUUCAACAACAGGCUGCACAUCAUCGGCGGAGUCGGCAUCGGCAUCGGGGUCAUCAUGAUCUUUGGCAUGAUCUUCAGCAUGAUGCUCUGCUGUGCCAUCAAGAGGUCCAGGGACUACGUCUGAGCGGAGACGCGCUCUUUUCACCUUUUUUCUACAAGUGAUCUCCGCGUAAUCGUCCUAACAGCCGUCUCGUAGUUUACCGCUCGGGUCCGUACGGGAGGAACACACCUGUGAGCGUGCGCGACCCGAGCUGGUUGUUGUUGUUGUUGUUGUUUUGGCUCUUUUCCACUCCGAGGAAACGUGUAAUCUCCCCACAAAGUAAACUGAACUGUUGUUCCCAACGUGAUGAUUCACAUCUUAAUGCGUCGUGGCCUCUGCGGCCUCCUGGAGGACUGACUGUCGCUGCACUCUGCACAUUUGGUGUCAUUUAAAUUGUGUUUGACGUUUGAUCUAACCGGCUUUUUGCUGCGGAUUUAAAUUUUAGUGCGUGUAUUGUUUUUGCUAGUUCCUCAAGUUGCACUUUUUGGAUUUUUUUUUUUUUAUUCUUUUUUUUUAAGAUGUGGAGUUUUAUGCAAAUAUUUUGAUUUGAAGUUCAGAUUUAUCUUUUAAAAUGCCAAAUAAAUUAACUCUAGAACAGUGACUUGUGUUGAA